CUCCGCCUCCGCCUGCGCCGCCGCCUCUCAGUGCUAUUGUCCCCGGGCCCGGCCCCCGACCGCAUCCGCCGGCGAGGGCCGAGUGCGCCGGCUUCGCGCAAGAUGCCGGACCAAGCCCUGCAACAGAUGCUGGACAGAAGUUGCUGGGUGUGUUUUGCCACUGAUGAAGAUGAUAGAACAGCUGAAUGGGUGAGACCAUGCAGAUGCAGAGGAUCUACCAAAUGGGUUCACCAGGCUUGUCUGCAGCGCUGGGUGGAUGAAAAACAAAGAGGAAACAGUACAGCCAGAGUGGCAUGUCCUCAGUGCAAUGCUGAAUACUUAAUAGUUUUCCCAAAGUUGGGUCCAGUUGUUUAUGUCUUGGAUCUUGCAGAUAGACUGAUCUCAAAAGCUUGUCCAUUUGCUGCAGCAGGAAUAAUGGUUGGAUCUAUCUAUUGGACAGCUGUGACUUAUGGAGCAGUGACAGUGAUGCAGGUUGUUGGACAUAAAGAAGGGCUGGAUGUUAUGGAGAGAGCUGAUCCUUUGUUCCUCUUAAUUGGACUCCCUACUAUUCCUGUCAUGCUAAUAUUAGGCAAAAUGAUUCGUUGGGAGGACUAUGUACUUAGACUAUGGCGCAAAUACUCAAAUAAGCUACAAAUUUUGAACAGUAUAUUUCCAGGGAUUGGUUGUCCUGUUCCUCGAAUUCCAGCAGAAGCUAACCCUUUAGCAGACCAUGUCUCUGCUACCCGAAUUUUGUGUGGAGCCCUUGUCUUUCCUACUAUUGCGACAAUAGUUGGUAAACUUAUGUUCAGUAGUGUUAACUCUAAUUUACAAAGGACAAUCUUGGGUGGAAUUGCUUUUGUUGCCAUAAAAGGAGCAUUUAAGGUUUACUUCAAACAGCAGCAAUAUUUACGUCAAGCACAUCGCAAAAUCCUAAAUUAUCCAGAGCAAGAAGAAGCAUAAAAGUGACUUCUGGCUGUCCUGCAGGCCUCUCAUCCUGAGUCGUCGUGUUGUCUUGGUUCCAUCAUUAUUGCACUAGUGGAGACUUGUGAUAAGCUACUGCUCCUGUAUUUUUAAGAAAUAGAAUAAAAUAUAUAGGGCCAAGGAAAUCCUUUCAGUAAUCACAGAAUUUAAGGAUGCAGUUUGGUUCAUUGGUUCACAUGUACUUCUUUUACAGCAGUCUCCUGUAUACUAUCUCAGCAUGGUAAACAAGGGUUUGUUCAUACUUUUCCAGACAAAAAUGUAAAGAUCAAACUGUAUAAAUAUUAUAAAAUGAACAUGAUGUUUUAUUCUAAACCUCUUUUGUACAUGUUCACGUUCAGUGUUUUCUUAGAAACAGCAACUCAGUGAAGGUACUAUGAGGAUUUUUCUCAUUGGCAUACUUUAAUUACAUGCUAAACAGUAGCGUAUGUUAAUAUGAGGAAAUGUAAAUUAGUUAUGAAUAAAUAAACCAAAAAUGUAUGUAAACAUUCAAGUGAUUAUCUGAACAAAUGAGAUUUUGUUGCCUUUUCCUUAACCCAUGUGACAUCCUCCAAAAUAUGUAGGGCAAAAGUUCCUAGGGCUUCCAGGUCACUUUUUCACUAUUAAAAUUUUAUUUAUACAAUG